AUGCUAAAAAUUUUGCUCAACCCCCCCGAUGUUGAACUCAAAGUAACGCCCUUGACUGCUCUCAAUGCAGAAGACAACGAGCAGUCCAAGUAUGCUUUAUGUUGUUUGCUAAACUGGUUGUGGGCUUAUGUGGUCUUGUGUUUGGCAGAUGACAGCCACUGUGUUGAGGAAGCUGACCAGGCCGUUCCACAGUCAGAGUCACCUACGCAUAAAGAUGCUGACACUCAGUGGGAGGUUCAGGCACUGAUGGAUCACACCUACAUAUUAGGACAAAAGAAGAAUCAUGUAUGCGACAGAGAAACACAAUGUGGUGGAGAAGAACCCCUUGCCCAUGCCAUCCUGAAGAAUGACACUAGCUGUGUGUUGUACACAGGCCUUUCUCUCAGUGCCUUUUUUGAUCAUGUUAAAUAUCUGGAACAGUUCUAUAAAGCAAACUUUAAGAUGCACGUAAUGGAUCAAAUAUUGAUGACCAUGAUGAAACUUAAGUUGAAUCUACUCCAGGGUGAUCUUGCAGAACGCUUUGCUGUGUCCCACGGGUUGGUGAGCAGGAUCCUCUCCUACUGGAUAGACACAAUGGAGGAGCACAUGAGAAUCUACAUUCCUUGGCUGCCAAGGGAGACAAUCCGGAGCACAAUGCCUCAGUGCUUCAGGGAGAAGUUCCCCAACACCACCUGCAUCAUUGACUGCACUGAGACCACCCUGCAGAAACCACACAACCUUGACUCCAGAGGCGAGUCAUACAGCCAUUAUUAUUCCAGCAAUACUAUAAAGUAUUUAGUUGCUAUUGCCCCGUGUGGGCUUGUUAUGUUCAUUUCUCCUGCUUAUGGAGGCAGGUGUAGUGACAAGUUCAUCACUCAGGAGUCUGGCUUCCUGGAGUAUCUUCGUCCCGGCGAUGAAGUGAUGGCAGACAGAGGCUUUACCAUCAGAGAUCUGCUGUUUGAGAGAAAGAUUAACCUUGUUCUACCAGCGUUCACUCAUAAAGGAGGGCAGUUGUCUGAUGAGGAUGUAACUGCCACAAGGAGGAUUGCAAAUGUGCGCAUACAUGUGGAAAGAGUUAUCAGGAGGCUCAAAGUGUUCAAAAUAAUCUCCCAGACUGUACCCAUCAACUUGGCACACAAAAUGGACAAAAUCCUCAGAAUCUGUGCAGCCCUUGUAAACAUGCAGGGGGAAAUCAUCCACGAGGAUGCUGAUUGAGCAUAGAAGUUUACAUGUCAAAAAGAUCCUGAUUUCCACUGUAGCUUAAUAUUUGUAAAUAAUUAUUUGACAGCCUGCAGUGCCUUGA